AUGAAAAUAUCUCAGAAGCUUCAGAAGGCACACUCGUCUUCGCACCGCCCAACUUAUUCAUUUGAGUUUUUCGUGCCCAAGACAUCUCAAGGUGUUCAAAAUCUUUAUGACCGUAUGGAUAGGAUGUAUGAGCUGGGACCCCAGUUCAUUGAUAUUACUUGGAAUGCCGGUGGCCGUCUUUCAAAUCUUACCUGUGAAAUGGUCUCGACCUCCCAGUCUAUUAUUGGUCUAGAGACAUGUAUGCACUUGACCUGUACUGGUAUGCCCAUUCAAUUGGUCGAAAAUGCUCUGAAAGAUGCUUACAAUUCGGGUUGUCAAAAUAUCUUGGCUCUUCGAGGUGACCCCCCUCACGGUAGUGAAUCUACUAGUGCCAACGGUAAUGAGCUUGUUCCAGAGUUUAGGUAUGCGAAAGAUUUGAUCAAGUAUAUCCGGGCCAAGUACGGUGAUUAUUUCGACAUUGGUGUUGCUGGUUAUCCUGAAGGACAUCCUGAAGAGUCUGAUAUUGAUGUCUUGAUAGGCUAUUUAAAGGAAAAAGUUGACGCAGGUGCAACUUUCAUCAUCACCCAGAUGUUUUAUGAUGUUGAUAAUUUCCUUUCAUGGGUUGAAAAGUGUCGCAAUGCUGGCAUAACUGUUCCAAUUAUUCCAGGUAUUAUGCCUAUUUCAACCUACGCCAGCUUUAUGCGUCGAGCCACCUGGUGUGAGAUUAAUAUCCCCAAGAACUUUUUAGAUCAGUUGGAACCAAUUUCCGGUGAUGAUAAUCUUGUCCGUGAAAAAGGUACAGAGCUUGUUGCUGACAUGUGUGAGAAGAUGGUUGCUGCAGGUAUUCAGCACCUUCAUUUCUAUACUAUGAACUUGGAAAAAGCCACUGUCAUGGUUUUGGAUAAGUUGGGUAUCUUACCUGAAUACAUUCCAGAGGAGGAUAAGAAAAAUCCACCUCUACCGUGGAGACAAUCUCUUGCACUUGGACGAGAAGACGAAACCGUUCGCCCUAUUUUUUGGAAAAAUCGCAAGAAGAGUUAUGUUGCUAGAACGCAGGAUUGGGAUGAAUUUCCCAACGGUAGAUGGGGUGAUUCUAGGUCCCCUGCUUAUGGCGAACUAGAGAAUUACGGAGUUUUGCUACGUCACUCUGCUGCUAAGGCAAUUGAAAUUUGGGGUUCCCCUAAGACAGUUGAAGAUCUUCGUGACCUUUUUGUUGGCUAUUUGUCGGGUAAAAUCAAGUCACUACCUUGGUCUGAUGCUCCCAUUUCAAAUGAAGUGGAUUCUAUCAAGGAUCAAUUGCUGGAUAUAAAUUCAAGGGGCUUUUUAACCAUAAAUUCUCAGCCGGCUGUGAAUGGUGUGAAAUCCACCCAUCCUGUUCAUGGAUGGGGACCUAGCAACGGUUAUGUGUACCAGAAGGCUUAUUUGGAGUUGCUCGUUCCGCCUGAAGUUGCUGAUAAAGUUGUUCACGCUGUGGAGAAGGAUCCUGAUGUGACAUAUUACUGUGUUGACUCGAGAGGAAACCUUCGCACCAAUUCACCUGUUGACGGCCCUAAUGCUGUUACUUGGGGUAUCUAUCCUGGUAAAGAAGUUAUCCAACCUACCAUUGUUGAAAAGAUCUCCUUCUUGGCUUGGAAAGACGAAGCAUUCAGGCUAGGAGCUGAGUGGGCCCGAUGCUAUGAUGAGGACACAGAGUCUAGAAGGCUUGUUAUGGGUAUUGUUGAUAAAUGGUAUCUUAUUAACAUUGUCCAUAACGACUUUCAGGAUCCCGAUGCUAUCUUCCGUUUGUUCAAUAACAUUCAUUAG